AUGUCCUUCUACGCAGCACCAAACCACCAGCGGAGUCUGCGCGCCUGCAUGGUCUGCUCCGUCGUCCAAACACACACGAAAUUCAUGCGCGACGGCUGUCCAAACUGCGAGAACGUCCUUCAACUCAGCGGAAACACCGACGCCAUCCAAGAAUGCACGUCGCAGGUCUUCGAGGGGUUGAUUGCCGUACGCGACCCGAACGCCAGCUGGGUGGCGCGCUGGCAACGGUUGAAUAACUAUGUCCCGGGGACAUAUGCGACCAAAGUGACGGGGACGCUCCCGGAAUAUAUUAUCAACAGCCUCGAGGAUUCCGGUGUCAAAUACGUUCCCCGCGACGGAAGCACCGGUGAGGAAGAGUCAUGA